AUGAGUGAUUCUAAUGAAGCUGAUAUUCCCCAACCUACAGAAUUCGAAAUCCAUAACAAUAAAAUAGAUAUAAACACCCUACCUAUUUUCACAAGGUCUCAAUUGGCGAUUUACAAUGGGAUUGACCAUCCAAAUUUAUACGUAGCUAUUCGUGGCUACAUCUACGAUGUCAGCGCGAACUCGAAAAGCUAUGGGCCAGGAAAAGGGUACCAUAAGUUGGUAGGGAAAGACGUCUCUAGACUUCUAGGCUUGAAUAGGUUACAAUUGAAAGAGGAGCCAGAUAAUAGUAGUCUUCAAAGGAGUACUUGGUACACACAGGAUUUUGAUGCCAAGCAGAACCUGAUAGUUGACAAAUGGGUGAUAUUUUUCAAAAAGAGAUACAACAUCAUCGGAAUAGUAGUUGAUCACGAAAGUUAA